GCCGUCACAGCGCACGGGGUUCAAGACCGUGGUGACGUACGACGUUCUUCCUUUCCUCCUCUCCGCGAACAGAGAGAUUUAAAAUGAAGACCAUUCUCAGCAACCAGACAGUCGACAUCCCAGAAAAAGUCGAGGUUCGUUUGAAGGGACGGACAGUUAUUGUCAAGGGCCCCAGAGGAACCCUGCGAAGGGACUUCAAUCAUAUCAAUGUGGAACUAUCUCUCUUGGGAAAGAAACGCAAGAAGCUGCGUGUUGACAAAUGGUGGGGUAACAGAAAGGAGCUGGCAACAGUCCGCACAAUUUGCAGUCACGUGCAAAAUAUGAUCAAGGGUGUCACAUUGGGCUUUCGUUACAAGAUGAGGUCAGUGUACGCUCACUUCCCCAUCAACGUGGUUAUCCAGGAGAAUGGCUCACUUGUGGAAAUCCGUAACUUUCUUGGGGAGAAGUACAUCCGUCGGGUGCGCAUGAGGCCAGGGGUCAACUGUGCAGUAUCGCAAGCCCAGAAGGAUGAACUGAUCCUUGAAGGAAAUGACAUUGAAUUGGUAUCUAACUCUGCUGCCUUGAUUCAGCAGGCCACCACAGUCAAGAAUAAAGAUAUCAGAAAAUUUUUGGAUGGCAUCUAUGUCUCUGAGAAGGGAACAGUACAACAGGCAGAUGAAUAAAACUAUAAAUAGAUCCUAAAUUGACAACCAGGGCACAAAGCAGCAAGGCAUGCAGCAAGCCUUCAAUUCACAUCAGGAGUUGGCUGUAUGAACCAAACAGUUUGACAUUGUUUGGAGAAAAAUUAAACAACAUAUUUCAGUA